AUGAUUGUGUGCUUUGUGUUCUCAGGGUUGAAGGAGAUGUACGUUUCUGAAACUCUUUGUGAUGUCGCCGUACUGACCUCAGACAAACGCUUCCUGUGUCACAGGGUGGUCCUGGCCUCGGUCAGUCCUUACUUCAAAGCUCUUUUCACUUGCCCCAUGAAAGAGUCCACGCGCGGGGAGGUUUGCCUGUCGGACGUGCCCUCCUCCACCAUGCAGGCCGUCCUGCACUACAUCUACACGGGGGAGGCCCGCCUCACCUUGGACAACGUGGAGGAGCUGUUUAUCGUGUCCGGCCGCCUGCAGGUCGCAGCCGUGCAAGAUCUGUGCAGCAGUUACCUUGCAAAGAGGAUCGACAAUGGAAACUGCCUUUGGAUCUACAGAUUGGCUCACAGUCACCAUCACCGAAUUCUCCUGGAAGCAACCGUGAACUAUAUCGGUCGCAAUCUAAGCUUCUUCUCCCGAAAAGAGGACUUCCUUCACUUGGAGUUGGAGGAACUGGCCACCAUCCUGUCUUCAGACAACCUGAUGGUUUCCUCGGAACUCGACGUCUAUAACGUUGCCCGUGGCUGGUGGGAGUUUCACACCAAGAAGGACAAUCCUCUCCCCACGGAACUACUGAAGGCCAUCAGAAUACCACUCCUGAAUCCAGAUGAACUGGAGAAGGUCGGCGGGGACGUACCCAGCGAUGACUCCGCUUUUCGGUGCCCGGCAAGAAUCCACUUGCGCCAAGGGAUGUUCGAGGAGAGGAUAAUCUGCAUGGACGUCAUGGCAUUGGAAGAAACCGACCCGGAAGAGGAGGAUUACUACAUGAACGCCUACGAUCCAACCACAGACUCUUGGGAGAAGCUUCCGUUUGUCGGCUGUUUGGACAAUGCCGGAAUUGUAUCCGUCGGGUGUUGCUUAUACGUGUCAGGUGGCUUCGGGGAAGAACAUUGCGCUUCCAAUGCGCUGCGCCUGUAUGAUUCUGUGUUGAACGAAUGGAAAGAGCUGGCGUCCAUGGCUCACCCGAGAGCUUAUCACGGCUUCCUGGCCUGCGGCAACGCGCUUUAUGCUUUUGGCGGAUGCAACAAGCACGAGCUCACGGACUCCGUGGAAUGCUUCAGCGUGUCGGACAACAGUUGGCGCAGCGUAUCCAGCAUGCCCUUGGCAUUGCAUAGCUUCACUAGUGCGGUGCUGAAAGGGAAGCUGUUUGUUAUAGGCGGAAUGACUAAGACGGGUGUACAGCUUUUACACUACCCGGGGUUCCAUAUCUACGACCCGCUGACGGACGCUUGGAGCAAGUUUCCGUUACCGGUGGUCUUUUCAGGGGCCGGAGCGGUGACGAUGGAUGACCAGAUCUACAUCAUUGCAAGUUAUGAAACCAGACGUGGCGAUGGAUGCGCCUAUCCAGCACACGACGCCUAUCCACCGUACGAUGACUACAAGGCAUAUCUGCUUUACCACGAGCAGCCGAAUACCACGUCGAAGAGCUUCUGCAUGGAUCACCUAGGGCGAAUCUGUCACGGUACCAUUCCACCCGUCCUAAAAAGUGUUUCUGGUUCUGCGGUUGUACGCUGGAAGCACAGGAUUUAUAUCGUGGGGGGGAGCGACGACGACGGUAUGAGUCACUAUAAGAUGUUCCACUGGAGCCCCGGUGAACCUAGGUGGACUUUAUGCAAGAAAGAGCUGACUUUUCUGUUUGCCAGCCUUGAAAGCGUCUCCCUGCAGGUUCCUCUGAAACACCUCUCCUCCAUCAUUCCCGGCAGGAGAUCAAACUACAAUUUUGGUGGCUAUAGUGAUGAAGAGAAUGAGUCGCAGGAGGAACCAUACUGGGGAAACUGGUAG